GUAGCAUUUAAAUUUGCUACAAAAUAUAAAAUUUGAUAUAUUUUUAUGAUAGUCUGUUUAUAGAUAUAUUCGUUUAUAGUUAUUCCCAAAGUUUUUUAAAAUGACUGUUACUCCAGGAUUCACUAACAUGUUUAAAGGAACUUUACCUCAAUUAUCUGCAGUACUAGCAGGUACUCUAUGUGCUUUAAGCGAUGGAAUGCAUUAUGGUUGGAGUGCUCCGGUAGUUCCAAUACUAAUGAGUCCUGACUCCCCAAUACCUAUCACAAAACAUCAAGCUGAAUGGUUGGAAAAUGUAUUUGUAAUUGGAGCAGCUAUUGGACUUUGGCCAACAAUGUAUUCCGUAGAUAAAAUAGGUCGAAAAAAAUCAAUUUUAUUAGCAUGCUUUGUAUCUGUUUUAGUUUGGAUUACAAUUGCUCUGGCGCCAAGCGUGGAAUAUAUACUUGUGGCAAGAGCAUUCGCUGGAGCGGCUGGCAAUAUGGCUUUCGUAGCAACUCCAAUGUAUAUUGCUGAAAUAGCUGAUCAAAAAAUAAGAGGGUUUUUAAGUAGUUUAAUUUAUCUUAUGAUGCUUUGUGGAAUCCUUUUAAUCUAUUGUAUUGCUCCAUUUUUUCCGAUAUACGUUCAUUGCUGUUUGGGAGCAGUGUUAGUUUUAAUAGAACUCAUAUGGUUUUCGUUUGUGCCGGAUAGUCCUUAUUAUUUAGUAAUUAAAAGCCAAACAGAAUCUGCCCGAAAUGCUUUAAGGAGAUUAAGACAGAAUGAAUCUGACGUAGAGGAAGAGCUCAAACAAAUUAAAUUAGCUGUAGAUCGACAAAGAACUGAACGAGCACGAUUUUUAGAUCUGUUCCUUAUAGCAAGCAAUAGAAAAGCAAUGUUCAUAAUGACUUACCUUAAUUUUGCUCAACAUUUUAGCAGUGUGAGCGUAUUGCUAAUGAAUAUGCACAUUAUUUUAGAGCAAGCUGGUUCUAUAUAUAUGGAUUCUCACACAACAGCUAUAGUAUUUUCAGUAAUUAUGUUGGUAGCUGCAUUGACCGGAUCUGUUUUAAUAGACAAAUUUGGAAGAAAGUUCUUAAUUAUCAGUUCAGGCAUUUCAACAGCUUUUUGUUUAUUAACGAUAGCUAUUUAUUUUAAUUUUAAAAAUGACGGAUUUAAUACAACUAAUUUCAGCUGGAUUCCCAUUGCUUGCGUAAUGGUAUAUGCUUUUACUUUUAAAUUGGGUUUAGGUAUGGUUCCAAUAGUUAUAACAGCAGAAAUAUUUCCUACUACAGUCAAGGCUUAUGGUAUGGCAUUGGCAGACGGGUCAUAUGUUAUUGCAUCUCUAUUAUCCUUACAAGUAUAUCAAAGGCUUACUGACUCAUUUGGAGUUCAAUAUCCAUUUUAUAUCUUUACUGUGUGCUGUUUUUCUUCAAUAUUUUUUACAUACUUUUUAAUACCUGAAACAAAAGGUAAAACAUUAGAUGAAAUCCAAAUGAUAUUAAAGGGAGAAUAUAAUAAACAUAAAUCCGAAAAAGUAUAAAUAACAUAUUAUUAUUUAUUAUUAUUUUUUAAAUCUGUUUAUUGUUUGUUUAAUGGAUUAUACGGAUAAUAUAGUAAAAAUAGUAAAAAUCAAAUGUUAAAAAGUUGCUUGCCUGUGAUAUCAUAGAUUCUGAUAAUAAAUUAGGAAACAAUGGUAAUACACCCUUUUGAUUAACUUAUAAACCAAAAAUCGUUUCUAGAAUAUUCUUGAACACAACUUCUAUUUUACAUAACUCGCAAUUCUGUUAUUCUUAUUUUUACUAUAUUAACUUCCUAUGACUGAUUUAUUCUUUCCUGCAAUUUUCUAUCUCCUUUUCUUGUAGAUCUUCCGCAACUGCUUCCCUUCAUCUUCACUUCGGUCAGCCUACUUUUCUCCUGUCUUCCGAUGACAUCCAUACUAUGUGUUUUACCUCUUUACUGUCCUCCAUACUAAUAAGGUGACCGACCUGGCCACUGAAAUCUUUUAGCUUUGCCAAAAUUGCUUAUUCUCCUUCGCCGAACAUUUUAUAAAUUUCAGCAUUUGUUCUUCUCUCCCAUCCCAUUUCUGUCGGCUUUUCUCCAAAAAUUCCCUUAAAUAUUCUUUGUUCCCAUAUUUCAAUUUUCUGUUGUAGUCUCUUUGUUAACACCUGUCUCUCACCCAUACGAUGGAGUAGGCCACAUGAUAGUAUACGUUCAGUGCACUUUUUGACGCAUGUACAUGAAUCUUCUUCUUAGAGUGCCGUCUCCCUACGGAGGUUGGCAAUCAUAAUGGCUAUUUUUAUUUUAGAACUUGCUGCUCUAAACAAAUCAAUCGAUCUGCAUUGGUACCAAUCACGUAGAUUCUUUAACCAUGAGUUCUGCCUUCGGCCAACAGAUCUUCUUCUUUGAAUCUUUCCCUGUAUUACCAGUCUCAAAAUUUCAUAUUUUGGUCCCCUCAUCACGUGGCCUAGGUAUUCCAGUUUUCUGGUUUGUAUAGUGGUGAUCUUUAUUUGUAAUUCUAUCAGUCCAUGAUAUUUUCAAUACUCUGCGGUAUAACCAGAGUUCGAAGGCCUCGAUUCUUUUUAAAUUACAUUUUUUUAAUGUCCAAGUCUCAGCUCCAUAUAAUAAUAUUGAAAAUAUAUAACAGCGAAUGGUACGUAGUCUGAUCUCCAAAUUUAGAUUUUUGCACGUUAGGAGUGGCUUCAUUCGUAUAAAUGCUGAUCUGGCAAUCUCUAUUCGUCUGUUUAUUUCUACAGUAUGAUCAUUGGUUUCAUUGAUCAAAGUUCCCAAAUACUGAUAUUUUUCUACUUGUUCUAUCACGUUACCAUUUAUUGUCAAUAGGUGAUGUAUAUUUUGUGGCCUUUUUGUAAUCAGCAUGUACUUCGUUUUUUUGGCGUUUAUAGUAAUUCCCAUCUCAGCACUAUUUAUACUCAAGCUUUCGAUAAGAUGUUGUAGAUCCUCUAUACUCGUUGCUAUGAUCACAGUGUCGUCUGCAUAUCUUAAAUUAUUAAUUAAUUUUCCGUUAACGGUGACAUGUACAUGAAUACUGUUCCUUAAAUACUUUAGGUUUAACUGUUUUGUUUCUUGCCGAAAUGUACUCUUUGUUAGAAUUCGACAACUUUUUCUAUCCUGUCUCGAUUGCGAUGAUUUUUCUUUUUCUUCCACGUUUCUUUCUGUCUUUAUUUAAGUCGACUUUUAAUUUUUCUGUUUUUUCUUUAACUUCUUCGGCUAAAUCCGUAUUUUUUUGAUCUUCUGGGUCGGGUAAAAACUUACUGCCAGAUGAAUGAUACGGUUCAUCAAUAUCAGACUCAUCAAAAAGACCAGAGUUACAUAAUGAAACGUUGCUGUGGAAAGAACUUAGAUUCAUUUGUUCGGAAGAUGUCACUUGCUCUGAUUCAGGCCAAGGUAUUUGAUCGGAAGAACCACUAAGUAAACAUGAUUCUUCGAAAUAAUUCAGAGUACUCAAGGUAUCGUUGGUAUCGUGAUUUUCGUUUUGUUGUUCUUGAAAUUUUUGAAGCCCCAAUUUUAAUAACGGUUCUGUUCUGGCUGUACUCAUCCUGUUCCUGUAAAGAUAGGAAAUGUUAUUAAUAAACAUAAAAAGGUCGAAAUCAUUAGACCGAAAGCAGAAGACCAAACUCAUAAGACCGAACAGCACUUAACCGAAACCUCACUAGACCUAACAGUAGGAGACCGAAAAGCAGGAGGCGGAAAGAAUUAGGUACAUAACAGGGUGCCUAAAAUGGUGCUAACGUCGCUCUUCUCCUAAUUUAUUUUUACCUUCACUAAUUUGUAUAACGGAUGAAAAUGCUGUAGGUCUAAUGCUGUUCGGUCUAGUGAGGUUUCGAUAAAGGGCUUUUCGGUCCAAUGAAUUUGCUUUACUGCUUUCAGUCUAAUGAUUUCGGUCUAAUUGUCGUUUAUUGCAUAAAAAGGCAUGUAAUGUAUAACGCAAUUACCUUAAUUUGUCUUAGUUUUUCCCCCAAUGUAUAAUGCAGCAAUAAGCAACAACGGCGUAACCCACUACAUUUUAUAGCACCAGUGUAUCAACCGCUAAGUUUAUUUGUGUAAAUAGCAAACUACAGCUUAUUAUAAAACAAAUGAUUACUGAGAUCUAUAGCCAAUUUGUCCUAAUAAAAUAAUUGAUUUACUUUUACUGCCAGUGCAAAUACUGAUAUUAAUGAAAAACAUUUUGAGAGGUUAUGUUUAAUUUAUUUUUACAGAAUUUUUUGUUUAAUUUACUUUUUUCAAACCCUACGGAUUAAUAGUUUAAAAAAUAUUAUAAUGCAUACCUUGUCUUUUACAUGAACCACUUCAUAAAUGUUAUUAAAUACUAUUAGUAGUUUAAAUUACUCAGAAAACUGUAACGGACGUAAAACGUGUUCUGUUUUGAAAAAGAAUUAUUGUAGUUUAUGUUGAUACAUGUAACCCAUUGAAUAAUUUUCAACAACAAUGUAACCCGCACUGUGAAUUACCUGGUUGUUGUAGAUUUAUGCAUUAUCACUAGUUUGACGAAUGUGGAUUAGAACUUUGGUUAAUAGAUGUCGCUAAUAAUAGAUGUCGCUGGUUAAUAGAUUUCACAUUUGUAAACAAAUUGUGGGUUACACCAUUAUUGCAGAACAGGGUCCAGAUAAUAAUAUAUACUAAUGCUCAUUUUAAUAGAACUUGCUCUAAUAGAAUUUUAAUAGAACUUUAUUUUUGAUGUGUCUUUAAAAAAAGUUACUUUGGAUGUAUGUAGUACGUAUUGAACUGGAACAUUUUUUCGUAGCUAUAAUGGCGACACAUCAAAAAUAACAAAAAAUUAUUUAAAAGCUUAAUAGAAGCUGCAAAAUAUGUAAAUGUUAGCGAAUAUGUAAAAAUACUUUUUUUUAGAUGUAAAAUGUAUUUUAAAAUACGAAUUCUAAAUAAAAAUAUUAAAGAUAAUUACAAUAUCCCCAAGAGAAAAAUCACAAAGAUUGUAAAAUAAAUGUCUAAAUGAUAUUAAUAAAGUCUCAACUAU